UCAACAUUUGGAAAACUGCCCAUUUCUUUCUAAAAUAAUUAAUAUUCUGUCAAAUUUAAAUACUUUAUUGAAUUAUACAAUGCAAGAUGUCAGAAGAGGAAGAUGAGGAAUUGCAAAAAUUCCACAAUGCUGUGCGAGAAUAUAUUAUUUUCUUCUUGCUGUUCAUAUUCCUUUAUGUAUCGGCAUACUUGUUGCUGUCAUAUUUCAAGAAGAGGGCAGACUCUGAAGAUUGUAUAACUGGUGAAGAAGAUGCAUUUGUAUUUCGGAUUGCGUUCUGGGUGUGUACUUUCACGCUGGCCGUAUCAAUGGGCGCAGUGUUCCUGCUGCCUAUAUCCAUUGUGAGCAAUGAAGUUCUGUUGCUCCACCCACACAGCUACUACGUGCAAUGGCUAAAUACCUCACUCAUACAUCGUCUAUGGAACUUUGUGUUCUUGUUCUCCAAUAUCUCACUGUUCAUCUUCAUGCCCUUUGCCUACUUCUUUACCGAGUCUGAGGGCUUCACUGGAACAAAGGGAAUUUUUGCACGUGUAAAAGAAGCCUUGGUGAUGUUGGCGCUAUUGGCAACGAGUGUUCUAGGAGUAUUCUGGAUUUUUCUUCUCUUCAGCAACGACAGUCAUCUACAUCAACAAACAUUUUCUGAUAUCUGGAGCAUUUACCUGCCAUAUUUAUAUUCUUGUAUCUCUUUCAUGGGAGUUAUUUUAUUGUUGUUGUGCACUCCUGUGGGAUUUUUCAGCAUGUUUACCUUCAUGGGAACUCUUGUACAGAAACCACAGUUUUUACGCGACAUCAAUGAAGAACUUACUCAGUUCCACAUGGAAAGGGACUCGUUGAGAAGGAAGUUGAAAGCAACCAAGCAUAACGGCAUUGAGGGUAGAGUUCAAGGCACCAUUUCCAAUGGACAUCAAAAAACAGAAGACAUUCAAGGCAAACUUGAUGAAGUCAAUGCAGACAUCAAAGAACUGGAAAAGCGCAAACAAGUAUCCUGUGUAAGGCUGCUGAUGUUUCCAGUCCUGAUGCUAUUUUCACUUAUUCUUACUGUGUUGGGUGUUUUGAUGGUGACCCAGAACAUGUUCCAGCUAUUGGUGGGCAUUAAGGCUCUACCAGUGGGAGCAAAGGAAAUGUCACUGGGAAUCACAUCUCUGUCUGCACUCGGCUGGCCAGGCAGUAUUCUAGAAACAAUACUCAUUCUAUACUUGAUGUCAGCGUCUGUAGUAGGUUUUUACAGUUUACCAUUGUUCUGUCGUGUUACGCCCAAGUACAACAACACAUCCAUGAUUUCCAUCAUACUAAACUGUAGUGUGCUGCUCAUACUGAGUUCAGCACUGCCGGUAUUGUCCAGAACACUUGGCAUUACAAACUUUGACCUGGUCGGCUCGUUUGGCACUAUGGACUGGUUGGGCAACUUCUACAUAAUCUUUUUCUCCAAUGUGAUAUUUGUAAGCGCCACAGUGUUAUGCCUUGUGAACAAGUUUACAAACAAAGUGCGACAGAGCAUUUACAUAAAAAUCAAGACGGCGCUGUUGACGUUUGUGUCCCAGAGGUCCAGAAAUCACUCGGCAUCAAGUUUAAAUUUGAGUACCAGUACCAGAUUUUCCGAGACCACUUAAAACAGCUGUUUCACAGUUUAUUUGCUUUAAAAAAGGGGGUUAUUAACUUUUUUUGCUAUGAAAAUUAAUGGUGCAAUUUCACAUGUUCGGGCUGUCAUCGAGAUAUCUUUUUAUAAAAGCCCAAAACUGGAUUCUUUAGGUGGAAAUGAACAGCUAAAGGCUUUUGUUAAAGUCAUUAAUGUGUUAAAAAGUUGUUAUUUACCUUUGGUGCUUGUGUAAUGCCAUUCAGUUGUAGACUCAAAGCUGAUUGUGUUGCUACCUUUUUAGUAUUGUACCUCGAUGCAAGCUUUUACUAGUAAACAAGUGUUGCAGGAGGUUUUGAGGCAUAAUCACGUAUUCCAUGUGAUACAGUUUUACUCUGGUUUUUCUUUUAUGAAUGCAUAAAUAGAUUGCCAUUUUUAUCUUUUGAACUGUUGUUCAGUCAUGCAAGCACUGAAGACAAAUAUUUGUUGUGUAUUUUGCCUGUUAAAUAUUUAGCUCUCAUUUAUGGUAUAGAUGUUAUUCGUUCUAAGUUGCCAAAAGUCUUGGCACACUGUUUGAUUGCACUUAAGUUGUUAACCUUUAAGUUCAUGAUUUCUUGUUCAAAUUUGUACUGCUAGUUCUUGCACAAUAGCCAUUAUAUUUUAUGAUAUAUUUUGCAAAAGAAUAUUGAUGAUGUUCUUAUUUUUAUAACAAAUUAA